AACAUUUUGUAUAUAUACUGCAUUUUAAACAGUGAUAUGUUUGUCUUAAAUGUAGUGCUAUAUUUAUUCUUGAUUAUCGUACUCCUGUACUUUCUUGUAAAAAUUGAACAUUUAUUACAAGAUCGCAAAGUACUGCUAAAUAUUCCUGGUCCUCAAGCUAAAAAUAUUCUCAGUGGCAGCUGUGCUCAAUUAAGGACUUCAACAGAUGUUACGUUCAAGACAUUUCGAGAAAGGGCAAAACUGUACUACCCUAUUUAUAGUUUUACGUUUCUUCACUAUGUUGCUCCGAAUAUAUUACAUCCAGUUGAUUUUGAGCUCAUACUUUCCAAUCCUAAACAUACGGAAAAAGGCAUAGUUUAUAACGUUUUUCAUAGCUGGUUAGGUACUGGUCUCUUCACGAGUAGCGAAGAAAAAUGGCACAACAGGAGAACAAUUUUAACUCCAGCGUUUCAUUUUAACAUUUUGCAAAAAUUCGUUGACGUGUUUAAUAAGCAGACGGACGAUUUAGUGAAAAUUUUAGGGAAUUUGAGAGACCAAGUCUACGUUUGUGUUGACAGCCAUGUUGGGCAGUUAACACUGAAAAUUAUAGCAGAAACUGCAAUGGGAACAAAAUUGAACUUUUUUAAAGAAAAGGAAAUAGAAUACAGACAGGCAACCAUAGACAUGGGAAAAAUUGUAGUUUAUAGAAUGUUUCAUUCUUGGUUUAUAAACGAUUUUGUAAAUUUAUUUAGUCCGAAAUAUUUGAAAGAGAAGAAAGUCAUUAAAACCUUGCAUCGUUUCACGCGUAUCAUAGCAAAACGGACCAAAGCGAUUGAAAAAAUCCACUACAGCUCUGAUAAUCAUGAAGUUUACAAGGGAAGAAAACGAUUGGCUAUGUUGGAUUUGCUUUUAACGGCUAAAAACGAAGAAAAGUGUAUCGAUGAUAAAGGAAUAUGUGAAGAAGUAGAUACCUUUAUGUUCGGAGGUCACGAUACCACUGCCACAGCUUUAAGUUUUUCGUUAAUGCUUAUAGCAUGCCACAAAAAUGUUCAAGAUUCAAUCGUUGAAGAAAUUAAGGACGUAAUAGGCGAGUUAGGUAAAAAACCUACCUUUAACGAUCUUCAACAAAUGAAAUACAUGGAACGAGUUUUAAAGGAAGUUUUGAGGUUGUAUCCAACUGUUACCCUAAUUUUUAGAAAACUCGGAGAAGAGUUAGUUACUGCUACAGGAUAUAAGAUACCUAAAAAUACGUUUGUCUACUUACAUAUUUACGAUUUGCAUCACAAUCCCGAAUUCUAUCCAGAUCCUGAAAAGUUUGAUCCUGACAGAUUCUUACCAGAGAAUACCAAAAACAGGCAUCCGUUUGCUUAUGUACCUUUUAGUGCUGGACCUAGGAAUUGUAUCGGACAGAAGUUUGCUAUGUUGGAACUUAAAGCGGCUUUGUGUGAAAUAUUGUCCAAAUAUGUUCUAGAACCGGUGGACACUCCUGACACGAUAACUCUUGUAAUGGAUAUUGUAUUAAGAACUAAAGAUGAGAUUAAAGUAAAAUUUCUACCUAGAUUUUAAAUGAAAGGUUUUAAUUUACAGUUUUUAAUAAAGCAGUGAAAACAUGUUUUAAAUUUAUCUAAAAUUAAAAAAGAUUGGGAAAACACUGUCGGAAAGAUUUUCGGAAUAAUAUAUUUUUAUUGAUUGUUGUCAUAU